ACAGCAUUCUUUGUUUUCUUUAAUUACAAUUUAUCUCUAAACUCCACUCCAACCAUCUUUUUCAAGUCAACAAUCAUCAUCUGCACUAGAACACAGGAACAUCCUUCGGCAUUUCUCUGUUCCCCCUCUUUGUAUUUUCUGCUCAUUAACAUCAAAAGUAAUCAGCUUCCUCUUGGUUUCUAUAGAAGAGAAAACUGAUAUUGGAGUAAAGAAUUUAUUGCAUUUCUGCUGUGGGGCACCAGAGCUAUGCAAGACAAUGUCUUUCUAUGCUAAAGACACAGAUCCAUCAUUUCAAGGAGCAGGAACAAAACCUGGUUUAGAAAUUUGGUGUGUUGAGAACCUCCAACUGGUUGCUGUCCCAAAGACUUCAUUUGGAAAGUUCUACAGUGGAAAUCCAUAUCUUAUCUUGCAUACAGUUUUACCAAACAGUGGGCCUCCUUUGCAUGACAUUCACUAUUGGCUAGGAAAUGACACAAACAAGGUGGACUCAGAUUUGGCAUCAGACAAAGCACUUGAACUAGAUGCCGCCCUUGGGUCCUGCUCUGUACAGUACAGGGAACUUCAAGGCCAAGAAACAGAAAAGUUUCUGUCAUACUUCAAACCCUGUAUUAUACCUAUCGAAGGUGUAUAUUCUUCUAGACAAGGACACUCAAAUGAGGACACAUAUGAAGUCAAAUUGUUGACUUGCAAAGGGGAUCAUGUUGUUCAUGUUAAAGAAGUACCAUUUUCCCGGUCAUCACUGAACCACAAUGAUGUGUUCGUACUUGAUACUGCAUCAAAAAUAUUCCUCUUUAGUGGGUGCAACUCUAGCACUCAAGAAAGAGCUAAAGCUUUGGAGGUUGUACAAUAUAUCAAAGAGACCAAGCAUAGUGGAAACUGUGAGGUGGCAACUGUAGAGGAUGGAAAAUUUGUUGGGGAUUCCGAAGUGGGUGAGUUCUGGAGUUUAUUUGGUGGUUAUGCUCCCAUCCCCCGGGAAUCACCUUCUUUCUUUCAAGAUCAAUCUGAAAUCCAAUCUGUGAAACUGUUCUGGAUAACCUUUCAGGGUAAACUAAGUCAAAGUGAAAGUGAUUCAUUUACUAGAGAAAUGCUCGAGGCAGACAAGUGCUAUAUGUUGGACUGUGAAGCUGAGAUUUUCGUUUGGAUGGGAAGACUUACCUCAGUCACAGAGCGGAAGACAUCAAUUUCAGCGGCAGAGGAUUUCCUCAGAAACCAAGGAAGGUCAGCUGGGACCCAUUUAUCUUUGAUAACUGAAGGUUUAGAAACUUCCAAAUUUAGAUCUUAUUUUGCUAAUUGGCCUCACAAGGUUGAGCCUCGGUUAUUUGAAGAAGGUCGAGAAAAAGUAGCAGCAAUAUUCAAGCAAAAUGGUUAUGAGGUGAGAGAGCUUCCAGGAGAAGAUAUAGAGCCACUUAUAGAUUGCAGGGGAACCCUUAAAGUUUGGCGGGUUGAUGGUGAUGAAUUGUCCCUGGUUCCAAUUCCAGAACAGAAAAAGCUUUUCAGCGGUGACUGCUAUAUAGUUCAAUAUGUGUAUCCUGGCAAUGGGAGGGAGGAGAAUCUAUUUUAUGCUUGGCUAGGUCGUGAGAGUAUACUGGAAGACAGAAGAGAUGCUAUCUCUCAUAUGAAUUCCAUUGUUGAUUCAACCAGGGGUGACCCUGUUAUGGCACAAGUUGUACAAGAUAAAGAGCCAGAUCAAUUCUUCUUAAUAUUCCAGAUGUUAAUUAUUUACAAGGGAGGUAAGAGUGCAGGAUAUAGGAAAUUUCUUGCAGAAGAAGGUAUUAAUGACGAAAUGUAUAAUGAAAGCGAGGAUGCUUUUUUUCGUAUUCAAGGGACAAGUCCUGAUAAUAUGCGGGCCAUCCAAGUUGACCAAGUUCCAAGCUCUCUGAAUUCAUCUUAUUGUUACAUCCUAAAAUCCGGGGCAUCUGUCUUCACUUGGAUUGGGAAUCUUUCUUUGACCAGGGACCAUGAUCUCUUACACAGAAUGUUGGAGUUCAUAAAUCCAACAUGGCAACCAAUAUCAGUGAGGGAAGGGAGUGAACCUGAUAUCUUUUGGACAGCAUUGGGUGGAAAGUCAGAGUAUGCAAAAGGAAAAGAAAUAAAAGGACAUGUAGAAGAUCCACGUUUGUUUUUGUUAAACAUUACUGAAGGUGAUUUCAAGGCCAAAGAGAUAUUCAAUUUCACACAGGAUGAUUUAACUACUGAAGAUGUUUUAGUGCUGGACUGCCACAAUGAGUUGUAUAUUUGGAUUGGAUGCCAUUCAAAAGUAAAAUCAAAGCAACAAGCCCUAAUGUUGGGCCUGAAAUUUCUCGAAACAGAUGUACUUGAUGAAGGGCUAUCUGUGGAGACUCCUUUUUAUGUUGUUACUGAAGGGCAAGAACCAACGUUCUUCACUCGUUUCUUUGAUUGGGAUUUCUCAAAAGAAAAUAUGCAUGGCAACUCAUUUGAGCGAAAGCUGGCUAAGUUGAAGGGAAAGCCACAAAGUUCAGAAGCUCCUUUAAGAAGCUCGUGGAAAUCAUACUCAAGGGAGCCUAUCCCAAAUGGCCUGAGAAGCAGGUCCGUGAGUUCAAAUGGUCAGGGAAGAAGUCCAUCUCCUGCACCCAAUGGUUCAAGCUCAAAUUGGAAGUCUCCUGUCAGUUACCCCCAGUCCACUCCAACUCCAACUGCCAGGAAACUCUUUUCCGAGUCUCCUCGUAACGGUUCUCCAACAAAAGACGCAAGAUCGCCAAUUGAGAUUUCGGAUUCUGGUCAGGCCAAUGGCACUGAGGCUGGAAGUAACAUAAAUUUGAUAAUAUACCCAUAUGAAAGGUUAAAAGUUGUUUCUAGUGAUCCAGCACCAGGCAUAGACGUGACCAAAAGAGAGGCAUAUCUAUCAGAUGAAGAGUUUGUAACCAAAUUUGGAAUGAAAAAAGGAAACUUUUACAAGCUUCCCAAAUGGAAACAAAACAAGCAAAAGAUGUCCCUUAAUCUAUUCUAGAGCAAGAUAUCUUGGGAUGACAAAACCAAAUGUAUACAUUUUAUUUUAAUGCUGUUGAAAGACUUUUUUUUUCCUGGUUGUGAGUUGUGGGGACAUCGUUUUCUGUAAGGUGGACACUUUUUCUGUAAUGGUGCAUUGGAAGUCAUGAAUCAAGAUAAUGCAAUGAGAUUUUUUUCCUCCACA